AUGGCUUCGCUCGACGGAAACUGGGAGGCUGAUAAGCUCAACCAUGUCUCUCUGUCCCAGAACGUCGCUCUCGUGCAUUUCGUGCAUCUCGUUGCAUAUCCCGACAAGGAAAACAUGAGCGACGAGGGAGGCAUGCAACCACGAGGCUCCCUUACCAGGUCCAUCUUUGCAGGCGAAAUGGAAGCUUCCUCGACCGAACCUAUUCGUCGGGUUUCCGAAAUUAGCGAAAACUGGGAUACAGACGCCUUCCAGGAGGAGGAUCUCGCCGGCGCGGUUGAAGUCCUCCAUCUCUGCACGCUUCGCAACGACAACAACGAGGGAGACGAAAAUGGCGAACCGCCCACUAACCACUGGACCAUUUCUCUCCAAACCUCACCAACCUCAUGCGUGACACUGGACAUGGCUCCUGGCUACGGCAGCGAGGGUAUCCGUGGCAAGAUCGAGCUCGCGUCCCUGCCAGCCCAGCCCUAUAAUACCGACGAAACCCUAAGGACCUUCUCCUUUCGGCCGGCCCGCACUAUCACCGUCGCGGACAUCAUCCAGUCAAUCAACGGAAAGGGCAGGGAUGCGUUUAACUUCUCACCUGAAUGGGAGGGCUGCCGCGCCUGGCUGGCCAUCGUGAUGGGCGACCUGGAGAAGGAGGGAAUCGUCAGCCAGGGAUCUGCCGCAGAAGCCAAGGAUGCUCUCCUAAUGUACUGGAGAAACCCCGAGGGCUUUGAGCCGAGAGUUAUGAGGGAGGGCAACUUCAGAAGCAGUUUCAGGGAGCUGGGAAGGGGGGCCGGGUACAUUGGCGGAACUUAAAAUUGGGCAUGUACCGUUACUGACGGCGGG